AUGGGUACGGGAGUCAAGCUCAAGAGAUAUGAGAAGACCCUUGUGGUGCUCUUUGAAGGCCUCGUGGGGCAAGUGGUCGAGGUGGAGACGGUGUUGGGGACGGUACUCCGAGGAAGGGUCUCUGCUGUGGAAUCGACCAUGGGCAUGCACUUUGUCGAAGCUUGGCAAUGGCAAGAAGCUCUGGCGGGUGCUACCUGUACCUCGGAUGGCUCACCCUCGCCCGGCCCGCCGCCAUCGGCCCUGCAUCUUGGCGCAACCUAUCUCUCCGGCAAGUUCAUCCGCUACCUCAUGCUCCCGGAGGAGAUGGACGUCCCCGCCGUACUAGAGGACAGGAUGCGGAAGCGUGAGGCCUCUCUGCUCUCAUCCAAGCGGAUGAUCUGGCUCGCGGCCAUCAACUAG